GCCGUCAAAAAAAUACUGUAACGGAGAUUAAAGGUAAAAGACGUAGCCGCGGCCCCGUUACUGGAAUGUUUAGUGUUUACAGUCAGCUGACGGGCCCGAACCCUGGCCCUCCACCCGCCGCCCCGCCGCCCCCCGCCGCCACGCACUCCGCCAUGGUGGAGCCGAUAUUCGACUACCAGUUCCGGUUAAUACUCAUAGGCGACUCCACGGUGGGCAAGAGUUCGCUGCUCAAGUAUUUCACGGACGGGAAGUUCUUUGAGAUCUCUGACCCCACCGUUGGUGUGGACUUCUUCGCGCGGCUCAUCGAGGUGACGGACGGCACUCGGAUAAAACUGCAGCUCUGGGACACAGCCGGGCAGGAAAGGUUCAGGUCCAUCACACGCACGUACUACCGCAACUCCGUGGGGGCGCUGGUGGUGUUUGACGUCUGCAACAAGAAGUCUCUGGAGCAUGUCCCGAUGUGGAUCAUGGAGGCCAAGCGGCACAUUGAACCCCACAAGGCGGUCUUCAUCCUAGUAGGGACCAAGAUUGACAUGGAGGAUGAGCGGGAGGUGAGGCGGGAAGAUGCAGCAGCACUGGCCAAGUUCUACAACAUUAGUUAUAUUGAGACCAGCUCUAUGCGCGGCAUCAAUGUGGAGGAGGCUUUCCGUACCAUCACACAAGAAGUCUAUGACAAGAUUCAGUCCGGGGAGUUCAGAGUGGAGGAGGGCUGGGACGGCAUCAAGACCGGCUUCUCCCGCCCCAACCACUCGUACCCCCUGAUGGAGGCCGAGCCCGAGAAGUCUGGCUUCUGCUGCUAAGGAAACAGUGGAUGCAUUUGUGUGUGUGCGUGUUGACUCUGGUGUAUAGUUUAUAUGGAGGGAAUGGUUUGUUGCCGCAGGGUAGGGAGGGAGGGAGGGAGGCAGAGGCAGGCGUUGGCAGGCUGUUGUGUUAGUCUUUCACCAGAUGAAUUUGCAAAAUACCAAAGGAACUUUCCUCUAGUCCUGUCCAAUCCUAUGCUACAAAUGUGAUUUUUGUGGACUGUUUUGUUCAGACCACCAAUAAUAUUGUUGGAGACUAAUUAAGAGUUUAUACUAAUUUUUAUGCUAAGUAAAGCACUUCUGUCAUUUUAAAAGGGUUUGUUUUAUAGGUUUGCAGUGGCAUGUUUUUUUCCUAGCACAGACUGGAAGCUGUUUGCUGAUGCUUGAACAGGUUUUCAAAUUUGCCUCUUUGCUUUUUUAUGUAUAUAAUGUAAAUGUAUUUAUAUACAUAUUAUAUAUAUUUAUACAUAUCUAAAUAAUACUCUUAAGAUGUCUUUGAAAUAUGUAAUACAAAUGAACCUAUUUUUGCAUGUCUUUAUAUUAUGUUAUAUUUUCAGAGCAGCAUCUUUAAUUGAGUACGGUACAUCUUUGACACAAGACUUUUAACGUGUGCAUAUAACUGUUCUCCAAGUGUGCUUCUUGACAUUAAGUACACUAGAAAAUGUUAGCUCUCCAUGCUGACUAAGUAAUGGAUUUUGGAGGACUCGUUUGCAGUCCUAUUUCUCAGAGCCAGACACAAAUGGGCAAAGGGACACACACACACACACACACACACACACACACACACACACACACACACACACACACACACACACAUACCAACACACACACACAUACCAACACACACACACAUACCAACACACACACACACACACUCCAUGGUGCAACUGGUUAGAGCACUGUACUGCUAGGCUUCACAGCCUGACAGGGCGGCGGUUCAAGCCCGCUUAGGCCAGAUUCUUUCCGUUGACUAGGAGUGGUUACUGUCCUGCCUUGAGCAAAUGGGAUGGGGUGUGUGGUGUGUGAGGUCCUGGCAGUACCCAGAGAUCGACGAUAAAGAGCACUUGCUUAUGUCGGGAGGGUAUCUGCUGGUGAUUACCAGUCCAACACGUGAUCAGGCUGUGGUGAAAAUACACACACACACACACACACACACACACACACACACACACACACACACACACACACACACACACACACUCCAAAGUCCUAAACCAAGGCCAGAAAGACUUACUGGGUGUCUCCUUAUUCAUAGUUGUGGCUGCUAUUCACUGGCAGAGAAUAGGUGCUGAUGCAAGUCAAGGGGCACUGAUCUCACUCAGGAGGGGUUGAUGAGGGUUCCUACUCUUAUUUGAUUGGAUUGGAUGAUAAAUAAUGGUAAGAGGCAGAAAAUUUGCAGUAAAGGCACAAGGUUCAUUCCUACUUACAACACACACACACACACACACACACACACACACACACACACACACACUCACACACACAGGCUGGAUAAAUGUAGAUAUGGAGACAGUACUAUUAGAGCUUAGAUGUUAGUACUGCUCAGGCCCGGUAGACUACAAGUAGGUAAAUACACUCACACACACACACACACACACACACACACACACACACACACACACACACACACACACACACACACACACACCUGCCUAUGCAAGCCCAUGCUAUUCUGUAUGUGAGCAUGUGCUCACAUGAAUAUUUUAUGAAGUUUACAAUGACAGGAAUAUUGAAAUGAUUAUCCUGAACCAUUUAAGGAGGGCACAAAAAAUUAUGUUGUAUGGUUAACUUUAUAUGGUGUUUUUACGGAUAUUUUUAAUACUUAGAUACAUUUUGUGGCUCUGUACGUAAAGAGAGUAAUGUAGCUGCAACGAGCUGUGUUUUUAUUUUGUUACUGUGUUCGGCGAUGUAAAUAGAUGACGUAAAGGUGCGAUGCCUGUAGCGUUGCUUGAGAGGAUUGUGUAGGACGCCUGCUCUGCCCUGUAGCACACUUUGUUGUGUAGAGUCCCAGAAGCAGUGGGCCCGUGGUUGUGUAGAUCCCCGUCCCUAGCAGCUUACUAUUCCAAUGUCCCCAAAACUGUCCCCCUUGGUGAGUCUGUUUUGAUACCUUCAUAUUUGUUAUGUCCAGCUAAAUCACUCCCACCCAUCACUGCAUGCCAUGGUAUCGGCCUACCCACAGCACCUUUCACAACCUACUUUCUUCUACCUCAUGUAUGACUAUCACUGUACAUAAACUCUUUAUCUACUCUUUUAUCUUACUCAUUAUCCUUUUAUAUUAUCAUCUCGGACAUCUACCUUAAAUUAUAUUCAUAUUCCUUUCUGGUUCACCCUUCCAAGUGACGGACUGACCAUCAGUAGUAGUGAUUAUUUGCUAUUCCAUGCGGACUGUUUCAAUUAGUUGUCAGUAAAAAAAAAAUGAAAACUGAUAAAUUGAGCUGAAAUUUGAAAUGAAUUGUCAAAAAUAAAUUGAUAAAGUUUUGGUAUUUAGUAUUGAUAUUUCAGCUUAAUUUUGUAGUCUAGAUUUUUUCUGGUGAGAGUUCUGAAUGGAACAAUCCGUAUGAACUGGUAAAUAACCCAAGCACAGGCCUCUUUCUGCUGUUUCAGUGCCCAUCCUUUCAAGGGAGUAGCCUCCAGUAGAGGCUCAUUACUCCUCCCCUAAUGCCCCUUUCCUCACACCAUUGACACUGCAUCUUCCCAUUGUAAGAUUUGGUUUGGGUUAAGUGUUUGACCUUGUUAAUUUUAUUCUGAGAAGUUGCUCACUGGUUUUGUAUGUUAAGGAGUCAGCUUCAGUAGCAGAGAUGAUUUUAGGGAAUGAGUUCAGCAGCAGAGAAGUGCUGCUGAUGGAGUCCUACAGAGGUUGACCAUUGAUCCAGCUUUGUAUAUAAUUAACUUAAGGUUUCAUAAUCCUUGCUUGAUGUACUGAGUGAGAUCUUUUUUAGCCAACAGGUUUUACACUCUGUAAAUGUAGUAAAUAUUUUGUAUGCCACCUUCCCUGAGCCCGGUGAUGUCAGGCAUGUGCUGACUAGUGUUCCUUCACCCCACCCACCCACCAGCACAGUGCCACUGUAUGCAAGUUUAGUCUAACCCAGAAUUUGAUACAAGGAUGUGAUUCUAACAAUAAAAUAACAAAACUUUCAA